AAUACAACCACUAUUGGCUAGGAGGAUUGUCUAUCAAGGUCUGAUUACCAAUCGAUAUGUCCAAUCGGCAAAGGCCGCGGGGGCGGGGCUUGGACCCGCGGUAUCAGAGUCUCUGUUCAACGAAGAAAAUCGAAAAUAUCAUGGCAAAAAUAUUUAAAUAAACUGGUUACAAUUACAAUCAUAACUGUAAAAUUACAAACAUCGAAAAUCCGUGACAUCGGAUCCCAGCAUCCGAUACUUGUCGAUUAGGUACCGAUACCUAUAGACACGGAGCGGAGAACGUAGCUGCUAAGGUCAAUACAACCAUCGGAGUCGGCAUAUUCAGCUAUCAGCCCGGAUCGGUAAACAAUCGGAAAGAACAUCACCGAUUAUACCCGAUACCUGAGGUGCCUGGACAUCAGUCAAAUGAUGCAGGUUGCAGAGGAGGCCUGUGCUCAGCUGGAGGAUGAGUUGCUAUUUUGUGAAGAUUGUCGCUUGUACUUCAGAGACUCCUGUCCUCAACAUGGGGCUCCAACAUUUAUCUUGGACACACCUGUCCCAGAAAAUGUACCAUCGCGAGCUCUGCUCUCCUUACCUGAAGGGCUGGUUGUCAAAGAGAGACCCCAGGGGGGAUUUGGGAUAUGGUGUACAAUCCCCGUCAUUCCACGUGGCUGCAUCUUUGGCCCAUAUGAAGGAGAAAUCAUAGUCGAGAGGAAUCAGUGCACUGUAUACUCUUGGGCGGUGCGUGACAGUGGAUCUUAUUUUUACAUUGAUGCCACAAAUGACUCAAAAUCUAGCUGGAUGAGGUAUGUGGCAUGUGCAUCCACAGAGGAAGAACACAACCUCACUGUGUUUCAGUAUCGGGGUAAAAUUUAUUACAGAGCCUGUCAAGUAAUUCCUUCAGGCACAGAGCUGCUGGUUUGGAUAGGGGAGGAGUAUGCCCGAACCUUAGGACUUAAAUUGGGUGAGCAUUUUAAAUAUGAAUUUGGCGAGAAGGAACUUCUAAUGAAGCUGUUCCAAGAUUUACACUUGAAGACACUAGACUCCAUAUCAAAUCACAUAUCAUCGCAGCAAAAUCAGUACUUGUGUAGUGAUAUGGUCACUCCACUAAUGCAAUCACACAAACCAAAUUAUCCACUUAACAAUAUGGGGCAUCCUUCUUCUGGCUUUCAGCUACUUGAGGGAACUCAGAAUCUGGUGAGCCUUGGGCGAGCUCAGAGUCGUUAUUGGACAUUCUUUGGCUUCCAAGGGGAUGCUUAUGGUCGAAUUAUUGACAAGACUAAAAUAAUUUGUAAGCUGUGUGGUGUACGACUUUCAUAUAGUGGUAAUACCACUAACUUGAGACAACACUUGAUAUAUAAGCACCGACGCGAGUACAAUGAGUUGGUUGGAACACCAGGGGCUGUAGUAGACACCCAGAAAAGCACUGAUUCUGUAUCAACUCGAGAUUUGGCUACCAGAGCAGUAGUAGCUCCCACCGUAGGUAGAACAACAAAGGCUGUGGCAGAUUUUAUUGUCCGUGACCUGAUGCCUGUUGAAAUAAUUGAAGGAGAAGGCUUUACACAAAUGUUGUCUAUCCUAGACCCUACAUACAAACUACCAGCAGCCUCUUUUUUGGCUCAUACUGUCUUACAGGAAAUGUACAUUCAGGCAAAGUUGAAAAUGGUAGAACUGGUGAAAAGACUUCAGGAGUGCUCUGUUAGCCUUGAUCUGUGGAAGCAUAGUGGCUCUUUGUCCUACCUCACACUCACUAUCCAUUAUGUAGAUGAUGGAUUUGAAUUCAGGAAUAAGGUGCUCUCCAGCAGGGUUGUUUCAGAAGAUAUCUCUGCAGAUUCCCUAAAGUUAGUUCUACUUGAUGUUGCAGAGGAGUGGGGAAUACGUGAAAAUACCUUUUACGCAGUUGGACUUAAUAGCUCUUCUGUCAAAAUAGCAGCUUCAAAAAUAGGUUGGAAAUCUUUGCCAUGUGUGGGGCAAGUUUUGAAAAGUUGUAUUGAAGCUGUCCUUCAACACCAUUCUAUAAAAAACACAUUAGAUAAAUUCAGAAAACUAGUGUCCACUAUUUUCUCCUCAACUUCUCAAAGUGAAGAGCUGAAUGCACAGUGGCCUGUGUUAAAGGUCCAUCUGAAAAUGUUCCUACGUGAUGGAACCAAGUGGUAUAGCAUCUACGCUUUACUACAGAGCAUGAUGGACCAUUCCAAGUUUAUGAAAGACAUAAGUGAGACAAUAAAUGAUAAUCUUGUUCUCCAUCAAGAGGAUUGGUCUAUUCUUCAAGAUGUAGUAGAUAUCCUUAAACCCUUAGCAAUUGCUACCUCAACAUUUACCAAAGAUCAAUUUGCAGGGCUAUCACUGGUAAAACCUGUGAUCACUAGUUUGUUAUAUAAACAUUUAGCACCCAAUGAAUGGGACUCUCAAUUCUCCAAGAUUAUUAAAAAGGCCAUACAUGAUGAUUUAAGCUUUAAAUACUCAGACAAUGAGGUGAAUCAGGUUCUCAACUUGGCAUGUGCCUUGGAUCCUCGUUUUCGUGGCCUUGAUUUUCUCAGCCAGCCAGAUCGUGUGGAUACACUUCAUUUACUGAAGCUUGAAGCGUCAAAUUUGGCCAAGGUACAGUCAUCUGAAUCUGUCUGCACUACACCUGAGCCCUUGAAUUCAAGGCCACCUGUGAAGAAAGUCAAACAGGACUCUGGUAUUGAGUUUCUUUUAGGGGACCUGUGCAAUAUGAGAAAUUCUUCAGUGAGUACCAUCAACCAGCAAGCAGAACAGGAAAUAAGCAGUUUCCAGACCAGCGAGGCUUCUUCCUUGUGCCAGGAUCCAUUGCAGUGGUGGAAAAUGCAUCACACCCAAUACCCUCUAUUGGCAAGAGCAGCCCGUAAACUUUUGGCCAUCCCUGCCACAUCAGUUCCUACAAGCUGGCUUUUUACAGAUGCCGGUGUGACAAUUUACAGAAAGCGGUCAGCACUGACAGCAGAACAUGUAGACAUGUUAGUUUUUCUCAAUGGAAAUAGAUUUUAAUACUUUGAACGUUAUCUUAUUUGUCCUUCACAUGUGUGCCUCUCCCACUUACAUCAUAGCCACCUUUUUGCAAGUGGACCAUUUUAUCUCCAGGUCAGAUCUAGUGCUUCCACUAUUUUCCUUCCUUAAAGAGCAGGGUGAAUAAUGUCCUUCUGCUCUAAUAUCUGUAGCUUACCAGUAUAUUACUGGAUGUUUCCAGAAUACUUUUUUUUUUGUCAGAAAUAACAAUAGAACAUUCUGACUAUGAUGGCAGAUCAGUAUUGCCUGAUAUGUGGAUUAUGUAGUCAUUUUAAAGUGGCCACACUUAGUGAUAAUGUGUCUGGCGGGAAUGACCUUACAUUGCAUAUUUAGCUUGGACAAUUGUAUUAUUUUUCCAGUUAUUUCACAAUGUAUGCCCUGCAUGGGAAACAAAUACUUUAAUUUAUUUAUUUAAUGUUGUAUAAAUGUGAAUGUUAGAUCAGUAUUUCCUUUCCACAUGAACCAGAAAUUACUUUAGAGAGUCACUGAAAAAGUGCAAUAAUGCUAUAUACAACAUGUGUAUCCUUCUUAAUUAUCUAUAAAUUAGUAUACUUACUUUUUAUAAUGUUUGCUAUGAUGAUAUCCUAACCAUUUAAAAGAUAGGAUAAAUGUAACUGAUAUGCAAUACAGAGUCAGCAUCUAUAUCAGGUUAUAAGUUAAAUGGAAAGCUUACAGAAUUAUUUGCCAGUCAUGGAACUACAAUUCAUUUCAUAAUCAAUUUUUCUAAAUCCACUCCCCAACAGAACCCUUUGAUGGGGACUGGAUACUGUUUGUUAGUUUGUUUUCACAGCCAGGUAUUUAGAGUUUAUACUAAAGCAGGGAUGGCAAACUUUUUGAGAAAGUGUCCUCACAAAAAAAAAAAUUAAAAAAAAAAAAGAAACAUUAACGUAAAUUUUCCAUACUCUGGGCUAGAUUACAAGUGACGCGUUAUUUAGCGAUCCCGCUUGCACAUUAACUUUAAAAGAAAUAAGCUUUUUCUGCACAUACAGUAGCAUGCAUAUUACAUGUUGAAAGUAAAUAGUUUUGCACAAGCACUAACCCUGACGUGCACAAAAAGACGAACUUCUUAUAUCGCCAACUUGUUAACGUAUUCCCCCAUAGACUUAAAUGGAAUGCGAAAAGUGGAAAAAAAACCUAAAACCAUUACUCGCACACAAACUUGAUUGUGUUUAACCAAGUGCGCUAA